GGCUUCCAUUCCAAUUUUCUAUUUAAUUCCCCAACCCAACGAAACACGCUCACACUCUCUCUCUCUCUCUCUCUCUCUCGCCAUGUCAACCGAGCAAGAAAUGUCGGAUGCAUCACACAUCCACAACUUUACGAACGACAACACAGACGAAGAUGAUUAUGAAGAGGACGAACUCCAAGGCGUAGAAGAGGAGGAGGAGGAGGAUGAGCAAGAAGAGACAUCAUCAGGGCGUGACUGCAACAUCCUCUACGGCGCGUGCCGAAGGAGGCCGAGCGGGUGGUCGCUAGGGCAAGUUUUGGACCCGAGGUCCAAGUGGGUCCAAGAAUGGAGCAGGGUCUUCCUCCUGGUGUGCGCGACGGGCCUCUUCGUCGACCCCCUCUUCUUCUACGCGCUCUCCAUAAGCGACACCUGCAUGUGCCUCUUCAUCGAUGGGUGGUUCGCCAUCACCGUCACGGUGCUCCGCUGCAUGACCGACGUGCUCCACGUGUGGAACAUGUGGCUCAGCCUCAAGAUGGCCAACCGGCGCUUCUCCCCACACGACGCCGCCGUCAGUUCGGGUGUCGGCGGAGGAGGCAGGGGCAAGCUCCACGACGCGAGCCAUCGCGCUGUGGCUCUCCGGUACCUGAAGGCCCGGAAGGGUUUGUUCUUCGACCUCUUCGUCAUCCUCCCUCUUCCUCAGGUGGUGCUGUGGGUGGCAAUCCCGUCUCAGCUGGAGAGAGGGGAAACAACGAGAGUGAUGACGGUGUUGUUGAUAAUGUUCCUCUUCCAAUACCUCCCCAAGAUCUACCACUUCGUUUGCCUCCUUCGCCGCAUGCAAAACUUGUCCAGCUACAUCUUCGGCACCGUUUGGUGGGGGAUUGCUCUCAACAUGAUCGCCUAUUUUGUUGCAUCCCAUGCAGCGGGAGCGUGCUGGUACUUAUUAGGGAUCCAAAGAGCAGCAAAAUGCCUGAGGGAGCAAUGUGGAUUGAUGGAUGGGUGCUUCCCAAGAGUGCUGGCAUGCAAAGAGCCGAUCUACUAUGGAACCACCACCAUGGUCCGAGACCGAGCCAGACUCGCCUGGUGCGAGAACCGGCAAGCCCGGUCCAUGUGUUUGGACUCCUCCAAUAACUAUGACUAUGGCGCUUAUAAGUGGACCGUCCAACUUGUCACCAACGACAGUCGCUUGGAGAAGAUCUUGUUUCCCAUCUUUUGGGGCUUAAUGACUUUGAGCACUUUCGGGAACUUGGAAAGCACGACAGAAUGGCUAGAAGUUGUCUUCAACAUAUUUGUUCUGACUAGUGGCCUUCUCUUGGUCACUAUGUUGAUUGGAAACAUCAAGGUGUUUUUGCAUGCAACAACGUCUAAGAAGCAGGCAAUGCAACUGAAGAUGAGGAACAUAGAGUGGUGGAUGAGGAAGAGGCACCUCCCUCCAGGGUUCCGGCAGAGAGUGCGCAACUACGAGCGGCAGCACUGGGCCGCCAUGCGCGGCGUCAACGAGUGUGAGAUGAUCCAGAAUUUGCCGGAGGGCCUUCGAAGGGACAUCAAGUACCACCUUUGUCUGGACCUAGUCAGACAGGUGCCGCUUUUUCAACACAUGGAUGAUUUAGUCCUCGAGAACAUUUGCGAUCGCGUGAAAUCCCUUAUAUUCACGAAGGGAGAGACUAUAACAAGAGAAGGUGACCCAGUCCAACGCAUGCUCUUCGUAGUGAGAGGCCACCUCCAAAGCAGCCAAGUCCUCCGCGACGGCGUUAAAAGUUGCUGCAUGCUCGGCCCCGGCAACUUCAGCGGCGACGAGCUCCUCUCGUGGUGCCUCCGGCGGCCUUUCAUCGAGCGCUUACCGCCGUCUUCCUCGACCCUAGUCACCCUCGAGACCACGGAGGCGUUUGGGCUCGAGGCCGAGGAUGUGAAGUACGUGACUCAGCACUUCCGGUACACGUUCGUGAACGACAGAGUGAAGCGGAGCGCGCGGUACUACUCGCCCGGGUGGAGGACAUGGGCCGCCGUGGCGAUCCAGCUCGCGUGGAGAAGGCACAAGCACCGUCUGACGCUGACGUCGCUGUCGUUCAUACGGCCCAGGAGGCCGCUGUCCCGGUGCUCCUCGCUAGGGGAGGAUAGGCUCCGGCUGUACACGGCUUUGUUGACAUCUCCGAAGCCGAACCAGGAUGAUUUCGACUUUUGAUGAAGCGCAUAAAAUAAGCAACGAUAAUAAUGUUAUGCUGGGCUUUCAUUUGUU